GGAAUUUAAGUAAUUCUUGAUACAUAUUUCAGUAGAAUGGAUUAAGAUUAUCCGUUCAGGUAUAAUGGUCAGUAGUCCCUUAACGCCGUUUUGCACUACUUUAAGGACCCCCUAUUACUCUCUUGCAAAUCUGGUUUAAUGUUACUUUAAUGUUUCAUGGAAGGGAUGUAUGCAUAUAAAUAUAGGGGUUGAAGACAAGGUUGGUUUAUUCUGUUGGUUCUGUUUGAGCACUUACCACCUACAAGCAUCGAAGUAAAGAUGGAGCGUUCAUCUAAAAACCAAGUUUGUUACAGUGUCUACAGUGAACUAGAGGAUGAUGGAGAUAUCCGAGAAGUCCAAAAGACUGAACAAAUGGAAAAAGCGCGCAGUCCUAUACGCAACUCGACCGGAAAAUAUAAUAGGCUUCAGGACAAUGCUGAAGUGGACUUCGAACGUUUUAAGAAAAUUAAAGGGACGCCUUCCAAAACCAAAAUGAUCAGGAAACGACUCUAUAAUAUGACUAAGAGCUUCCUCCAGAAAAUCCACGACAAACACGUGCAGUACAAGGAGCUGAAAAAGAAGGGUAAAAACUCAUCUCUUUAA